AUGCAGAAGAAAAACGUGAAAGACAAGAUUGGGAAGCCUAUUCAUGAACAGGAUUAUGUUUUCACAAGGUAUCGUGGAGGCACGCAUGAGGGAAGGGUUGAAAAAAUCGUAAUGUCCCGAGAAGAAGCCGAGGACGAAGGAGUAUCAAACCCCCCUAAGGUCGUAUAUACUGAUCAACAUGGACAUCCCGUAGCGCACAACCCUCAAACGCUGAUAAAGGACGACGAGUAA